UGCUCGGCCUCGAACGGGCGGAGACGGGCGGCGAGGAGGUAGAGGGGGGUGCCCGAGCGACGUUCCUGCGCCGAAAAAAAACCCUUCCCUUGCCCUCCUCCGGUGUAAAGAUCGGGGCCUUUUUUACUCCGUCCUAGGCCGAGUCCGAGCGCAGGGAAUUUGAUUAUCUGGAUAAUCCACCAAGAUGUCGGAAGAGAUCAUCGUCCCAAUUUAUUGCACCGGGGUCUCGGCUCAAGUCCAGAAGCAACGGGCCAAAGAACUGGGUUUGGGGAAACAUGAGAACGCAGUCAAGCACUUGGGUCAGGAUUUUGAGAGGCUUCGCAGCGAAUGCCUGCAGAAUGGGAGCCUCUUCAGGGACGAAACCUUCCCCGCCACAGCCUCUUCGCUGGGUUUCAAAGAACUGGGGCCGAAUUCUUCCAAGACCUACGGAGUCAAGUGGAAACGCCCAACGGAAAUGUGCCGAAACCCACUUUUCAUUGUAGACGGCGCCACACGGACCGACGUCUGUCAGGGAGCUCUGGGGGAUUGCUGGCUGUUAGCUGCCAUUGCGUCGCUCACGCUGAACGAUCCCCUUCUCCAUCGUGUGGUCCCUCACGGACAAAGCUUCCAGAACGGAUAUGCUGGUAUCUUCCACUUCCAGCUCUGGCAGUUUGGCGAAUGGAUAGAAGUGGUGGUGGACGAUUUGCUCCCGACGAAAGAUGGCAAGCUGGUAUUUGUUCAUUCUGCCGAAGGGAACGAGUUCUGGAGUGCCCUGCUCGAAAAAGCUUAUGCCAAGUUGAAUGGCUGCUAUGAAGCCUUAUCUGGCGGAAGCACCUCCGAAGGGUUUGAGGACUUUACAGGCGGGGUGACCGAGUGGUAUGAUCUCCAGAAGCCUCCCAGCGAUCUCUUUCAGAUCAUUUUGAAAGGCCUGGAGAGAGGAUCUCUUAUGGGAUGCUCCAUUGACAUCACGAGUGCAUUUGACAUGGAAGCGGUCACUUUCAAGAAGCUGGUGAAGGGCCAUGCUUACUCGGUCACCGGAGCUGAGCAGAUCAGCUUCCGAGGACAGCGCGUCAGCCUGAUCCGGAUACGAAACCCGUGGGGAGAGGUAGAAUGGACGGGAGCAUGGAGCGACAGUUCUGGAGAGUGGAAUGCGGUGGAGCCGGCUGUGGGGCAGCAGCUGAGAGUGAAAAUGGAGGAUGGGGAGUUUUGGAUGUCCUUCCAAGAUUUCCUCCGCGAGUUUACCCGCCUCGAGAUCUGCAACCUCACUCCCGAUGCCCUGAAGGCUCGCAAAUUCCGAAAGUGGAACACCACUCUGUACGAUGGCACCUGGCGACGGGGGAGCACAGCUGGGGGCUGUAGGAAUUUCCCAGCCACGUUCUGGAUUAACCCGCAGUUUAAAAUCCGCCUUGACGAGAUCGAUCACGACGACGAGGACGGGCGGAGAGAGCCCGGCUGCAGCUUCCUUUUGGCCCUGAUGCAGAAACACCGUCGCAAAGAGAGGCGGCUCGGGAAGGACAUGGAGACCAUCGGUUUUGCCGUCUACGAGGUGCCCCCGGAGUGCAAGGGGCAGCCGUCCGUCCAUCUGAAGCGGGAUUUCUUCCUCUCUAACUCUUCCCGGGCCCGAUCGGAACAGUUCAUCAACCUGCGGGAAGUGAGCACUCGUUUCAGGCUGCCCCCCGGUGAAUAUAUCGUGGUCCCUUCGACUUUUGAGCCCAACAAGGAAGGAGACUUCGUACUUCGUGUGUUCUCAGAGAACAAAGCCGGGACGGUGGAGAUGGAUGAUCAGAUCCAAGCCAACCUUCCUGAUGAGAAAAUACUUUCAGAAAGUGAGAUCGACGAAGGCUUUAAACAGCUGUUUAAGCAGCUGGCAGGGGCGGAUAUGGAGAUCAGCCCACGAGAACUGCAAACCAUCCUCAAUAGGAUAAUUGGAAAACAUAAAGACCUGCGCACCAAAGGAUUCAGCUUGGAGUCCUGCCGAAGUAUGGUGAACCUGAUGGAUAAAGACGGGAAUGGAAAACUCGGCUUAGUGGAAUUUAAUAUCCUUUGGACUAAGAUUAAAAACUAUCUGGCAGUCUUCCGGAAGUUUGAUUUGGACAAAUCGGGAAGCAUGAGUUCCUACGAAAUGCGAAUGGCUCUGGAGUCUGCAGGUUUCAAACUGAACAAGAGACUCUACGAGUUGAUCAUCACUCGCUACGCGGAGCCCGACCUGGCCCUAGAUUUCGACAACUUUGUCUGCUGUUUGGUGCGGCUGGAAACCAUGUUCCGAUUUUUCCAAGCCCUGGACACGGACAAAGAUGGGAUUGUCACGUUCGACUUGAUUAAGUGGAUACAACUGACCAUGUUUGCCUAAAAAAAUAUACGGAUCACGUCCCGUGCAAAUUCUUUGGACUUUUUCUUCUCGCUGGACAUUGUAUUUUGAAAGUGGAGGAGAAUCUUACCUGCAAGUGCCUUGCGUUAACGCUUUUCGCGGCUUCUGUUCCAAGUAGAGGGAAACACACAAACACACACAGACACACACACAAAAAAACACACUUCCAAUUUACCGUUGUUUCAUUUCUUAUGUGGGCUCCUACCCAGUUCUGGGGACCUGAAAGCAGCUUCGUUUCAAACUUCUGUUUUGAAGAACCCCUGUUGUGAGGCUGAUCAGGAAUCGCGCUACGAUUCUGCGAAAGCCACAAAACGGCCUUGCGACACAACCGAACUGGAGUUUCUAGCAGCAUUUGUCAGGUUAACAAGAUUUUGGGGGGGGUUACUCUUGGAUAACCCCAGCCUUGGCAAAGUAUAAAUUACAGGUAGUCCUCAACUUGCAACACUUUGUUUAGUGACCAUUCAAAGUUAUAGGCGCUGAAAAAAAAAAGAUUCGCUUAAACAAUCGUGCUGCUGAUUUAACAACUGCCGUGGUUCACUUCGCAAAUGUGGCAAGGGAAGAGUCGUAAAAUGGGGCAAAACUCACUUCCCGAAUGUUUCACUUAGAAACAUAAAUUUGGGGGUUGAUUGAGGUCGUAAGUCGAGGAUUAGCUGUACCUGGAAAACUGACCCUUUUUGGGGGGGAACUGCAAAAUUAUAGGCCAAAAUAUAUAUUUAAUCUUGCUGAUGGUGAACCAAGCCUCUUUGCCAAUUUAUCAUUGAGCACUUCAACCUGUGACUCCUUUUCAUUUUUUUUUUAAAUACUUCCUCAACUUACAAUCGUUUAUUUAGUGGCCAUUUAAAGUUACAACAGCACUGGGGGGAGGGAAACUUACAACAGGUCCUCGCACUUAUAACCACUGCACCAUUCUUAUGGUCAUAUGAUCAAAAUUUGUAUUUAUGAUGGUUGCAGCAUCUGGAGGUCACAUGGCCGCCAUUUGCGACUGUCCCAGCCAGCAUCCGCCAAGCCAAAUCAAUAGGGGAAGCUGGAUUCACUUAAUGACUGCCCGAUUCGCUUAACCACUAAAGAGGUUCUCUUAACAGCGCUGAAAAAGAAGGUUGCAAAAUUGGGCGCGGCUCGCUUAAACAAUCCCCUUGCUUAGCAACGGGAACUCUGCUCCCACUUGUGGUCGUAAGUCGAGGACUACCUGCAUUUAUGGCUAAGAGAAUGGCAUGAUUGCUGGUAAACUCAAGUGACCGACGAAAUGACCUACUUGGCAUUAUGUCCAUCCUUCAAAUUUCUCUUACAGGCCAACCCUCCUGUUUGCCAGGGGUGUUAAAACCAGGAAUUAUCUCCAUCCUUGGUCCCCAGCGGAGCGAACAAUAUUUCAUGCCUUUUGUUAUGCAUGUGUGUGUUUAUAUAUAAAUAUAUAUAUAUAAUAUAUAUAUAUAUAUAUGUAAUUUCCCGGAAGCUUCUGGAAGCAUUUCGGGGCCUAAUCAACCUCCAGGCCUUUGCGGGAAGAUUUUCCUUCCUGCCAAGGUGAGUUUGGGAAACCCAGUGCCUAAAGACUUCAGCUGUUACGCACUCCUUGCCUAUCUAAUGCGCUUGCUGCCAAAUAUUUUAUAAGGAGAGUUUGCGUCAUAGCCCCCCCAUCCGGGGUUAGUGGUACCCCCUUAUCGGAGAACCUCGAAAGCCUCGGGAACCACUUCUUGGACACGGUCCCAUGUUCAGGACUUGGUUUUUAACUUCUCUUAAAAGUUCUCUGGUAUCGCCCCCAUUUAUGUUCUUAUGCGUGUUUUUUGUAUGGUAGAAAUGGAUUUUACUUCCAUGCCGAAAUAAAAGAAACUGUGGUAAUGCUUAACACACCACUACA